AAAAAAUUGUAGAAAAUGUUAAUCAUAAACCGGAAUUCCAACAUAAUCAUUGAUUAUCAGUCCAAAUAUAUAUUAGUUUACUUCAAUAAUUCAAUUUUAACCCACACCCGAUCUCGUCAUAGCUUUGACGUCGGCUUGGGAGAUCCGUUCAACAAGAGCAACGAAGCAGCUGCUACCUAUCUUGUCUGUGUUUAUUCGAUCUCGAUCGAGAUCAGCUGUCGAUCUCCGUCAAUGGAAGUUGCGGCUGCAACUGUGUCUCCUCAGCUCUUGUGCUAUUCUUCCUUUAACCGCAACGGCAAGUUCCAGCUCGAGAGGCAAUUCGUUUUAAGCCCCACUUUUCGUCGGCCGAAGCUAUCCAUUGUUAUGCAUGCGGAAGUGCGUGGUACGGACACUUCAGAGACUAAAACCACUCUUAGUUAUUCAGACAAUGCAUCUUCUAAUUCAUGGCCAGAAGAGGCAGCAAAGUAUUCAAGUGCGAAAGAAGUUGCUGGUGAUAAAGUGGAGCUAAAUGAGCCGGUACAAGAGUCUGUCAUUGCCCUGGAGCCAAAGAGGGCAGCAAAGAUCCAUGAUUUUUGUUUUGGUAUUCCUUACGGUGGCUUUGUUCUAAGUGGGGGGCUUAUUGGCUUUUUAUUCUCAAGAAACCUUAUGACUCUAAGCACUGGGGUACUUUUUGGAGGAGCUUUGCUGGCCCUCAGCACCCUCAGUUUGAAGAUCUGGAGGCAAGGGAAAUCCAGUUUACCAUUUAUUCUGGGACAAGCAGCACUUUCAGCGGUCCUUUUGUGGAAGAGCAUUCAGGCCUACUCAUUGUCAAAGAAGCUAUUUCCGACUGGGUUGUAUGCUGCCAUAAGUGCUGCAAUGCUUUUCUUCUAUUCAUAUGUGGUGAUCUCCGGAGGAAACCCACCACCAAAGAAGUUGAAGUCUUCUGCUAGUGUUGCAUCAUGAUGGGAAUUCUUAGAAGUGCGAAAAAGGACCAUUUUGGUUAUUAUAGGCUGUGUUGUAAGUCAUGACAUUAGCUGAUAUCAUAUACAAUCUAAGCCCGUAUUUUCUGGUCAUGCAGAGGAACCUUAACUACUUCAAGUUUCGCAAGUAGAUGGUAAUGUCUUCAUGAAAGCAGUGAACCUUUGGUGUUAGUUCCAGAAACGUACAUUUUUGUUGCAAUAAUGCCUCCAAAUGUGAAACGGGUAGUCCAGUAGUUCGAUGUGUAGCACAAUUGCUUGUCGAAUAUGGAAUAAGUCGGCUGAGGAGCCAAAUUGUAACUUAAAGAAAGUCGUGAAAAUCGUUGAAAUUAUAAUAUAUUGUGCUACUCUUUCUUUC